CGCAGCGCGGCUCAGGUUAAGCGCAGCCUCUGUAGGAGUCUAAGGAAAGCAAACUCCCGCGUCUGAGGGAGAAGCCCCUGAGAGGACCGACCCAUCGAUAUCCGAGGGUACAGUCCUCGAUGUUGCGUCAGGGCAGGUUGCAAAAAGGUAGAGGAAAAAGCCGGCUGUGUGCCCGGAUGCUGGUGGCCAGAAUGUCUGUCCGAGCGAAGCCUCCUCCGCGACCGCUCGCGCCUCCCUCCCAGGACGAGAACCACCUUCUCUUCCCUCCGAUGGGCCCUUAGCGCCGUCCGUCACCGCUCGGCGCAGCGCCUCCAUUCCACCUAGACUCUCCCACCGGUACAGUAUCCCCUGGGGCGGGGCUUGGCUGGACGGGGCGGAGCCAAGCCCUCCCAGGGCCCGCCCCUUGGCUGCGUAGCGGGAUAAUUGGAUGCAUCAGAAGGCCUUCUAAGGCUGUCCAGGGGAGUGACGGGUGGCCCGUGCUGGUCCCCAGCGCGCGGGGUGCGGUGUGCGGGGGUCCCUAGACCGCGAGGGGCGGAGGAAGCUGAGCCCGAGCGGCCUCUAGAGUGAGGUUGCCCUCAGGAAUCUGGGUGCUCUGGAAUGCUGCAAGCCUGUGGUUUCUCGUGUCGGAGAGGCGUCUUUCCAAGCUCGCUGGCAUCCCGAACGCAUUUGGGAAACUUCUCGUCCCCACUCCUUGCUCCUUACUUUUGGGUGGGAAAGCAGUUGCUGAGUUGUUUUAUUUCCUCCCUCAAUCGGACUUUGUAAAAAUAACCGUGUGCCGGGGCUGCUGAGCCAAGUUCUGCCUCACCGCUGCUCUAGGCCGGUUGUGGACCUAAAAAUACCCGGCGGUCGGGAGCCUGUGCUCCGGGUGCGGGCGGGUCGGGCCGGGCCGCAGAGGGCGUCUGGAGACCGGAGAAACGGCCACCGCCUGGCCCCUCGCCUCGGCCGGGGCUGUCCCUUUAAAUCCUGGAGGAGGCAAACAGAAAAAAGGAAAGAAAGAAAAAAGCCCUGAGCGGAUGGUGGCUCUGCCCGGCCCCCCACUCCGCCCCCGCGCCGGGUCCUGACAGCCGCCCGCCGCCUCCGCGGGUCCUGGGCGCCCCCCGCGCAGCGCCGCCCAUCGCCACAGUUACUGUCAAAAUAGAAAUUAAGCUGAGCCGAGGAGGACGUUGAGACGCAGCAAGUGCAUGUGUGGCAGGGCGGGGAGGGGCGCUGAGGAGGGGGCGGGCGCGAGGGAGAGGCGACCGGAGACAUCCGGGCCCUUUAGCCCAGUGCGCCCCCCGAGCGGGUGGCGCGGGCAGCGCGGGCGCCGGCCUCGGGGCGCGGGGCUGACAGCCGCGGCGCGGGAGGCGGGGCGCGAGGAGGGCGGAGGCGCGGCGCGGGGAGGAGUUGCCCGCGCGAGCGCUGCAGCCGCUCUGCCCCACACCGGCCGGCGCAGCCCCGCCACGAGACUCUGACAGCCGCGCGGCCCGGGCUGCUCGGGAGCACAGGGACCGACGGACCGCGUCGGUGGCGGCGGAGGAGGACGCGAGGACCGCGGCCCUGCGCCGAGUGCGGGAGGUGCGCAGCGCUGGCGGCGCGCAGAGAUCCCCUCUGAAGCUACUGGGAGCUCAGAAGGUGUCACCACCCCUGAGGAGUGGGCCGGCCCCAGGAGAGCAAGAAGGGAUGAUGUGGAGCCCACCCAGGGCCUGAGCUGUGAGCAUAACCCACAGUCUGUUGGAUUUGACACCUCCAAGUCAGGGGUCUGCACUACUAGGCAGACUCUAGAAGAAUUGAUGCUUUGGCCCCCACCAACAUGUACAUGGUGUAAUGACAGGAAAUGAGCAGGUUUGCGGAGAGGCUGCUGGCCUGAAAUUUAAGACGAAGGCAUCGUUGCUUGGCUCUGGCUGAGAACAUGGCCAAUGGCAUUGAUGAGCUCAUUGGCAUUCCCUUCCCCAACCACAGCAGCGAGGUCCUGUGCAGCCUGAAUGAGCAGCGGCAUGACGGCCUGCUCUGCGACGUGCUCCUGGUGGUGCAGGAGCAGGAGUACCGCACCCACCGCUCCGUCCUGGCUGCCUGCAGCAAGUACUUCAAGAAACUCUUCACGGCUGGCACCUUGGCCAGCCAGCCCUACGUCUACGAGAUCGACUUCGUGCAGCCCGAGGCUCUGGCCGCCAUCCUGGAGUUCGCCUACACCUCCACGCUCACCAUCACCGCCUCCAACGUCCAGCACAUCCUCAAUGCUGCCAGGAUGCUGGAGAUCCAGUGCAUUGUGAACGUGUGCCUGGAGAUCAUGGAGCCUGGGGGGGGCGGGGGGGAGGAGGACAAGGAGGAUGAUGACGAUGACGAGGAUGACGAGGAGGAGGAGGACGAAGAGGAGGAGGAGGAGGAGGAGGAAGAGGAGGAGGAUGAUGACACGGAAGAUUUUGCUGAUCAAGAAACUCUGCCUGAGCCCCCGGACAUGAGCUGCCACCAGAGCCCCUCCGAGGCAGACCACCUCCCCGCGAAGGCCUUCUCAGAGCCGCCCCGAGCCUUCCCCGGCGCCUUCCCGGCCGGCGGCCCUGGCCCUCUGGGCGUGAUCCGGGACUUCUCCAUUGAGUCUCUGCUGAGGGAGAACCUGUGCCCCAAAGCCAGCAUCCCUGACCGGAGACCUUCCUUAUCUCCGUUUGCCCCGGACUUCUUCCCACACCUCUGGCCAGGGGACUUCGGGGCCUUUGCACAGCUGCCCGAGCAGCCCAUGGACAGUGGGCCCCUGGACCUGGUCAUCAAGCACAGGAAGAUCAAGGAGGAGGAGAAGGAGGAGCUGCCCCCACCCCCACCGCCGCCCUUCCCCAACGACUUCUUCAAGGACAUGUUCCCGGACCUUCCUGGGGGGCCGCUGGGCCCCAUCAAGGCGGAGAAUGACUACGGUGCCUAUCUCAACUUCCUGAGUGCCACCCACCUGGGGGGCCUCUUCCCACCCUGGCCUCUGGUAGAGGAGCGCAAGCUGAAGCCCAAGGCCUCCCAGCAGUGCCCCAUCUGCCACAAAAUCAUCAUGGGGGCCGGGAAGCUGCCGCGCCACAUGAGGACCCACACGGGGGAGAAGCCAUACAUGUGCAACAUCUGCGAGGUCCGCUUCACCAGGCAGGACAAGCUGAAGAUCCACAUGCGGAAGCACACGGGGGAGCGGCCCUACCUGUGCAUCCAUUGCAACGCCAAGUUCGUGCACAACUACGACCUCAAGAACCACAUGCGCAUCCACACGGGUGUGCGGCCCUACCAGUGUGAGUUCUGCUACAAGAGCUUCACGCGCUCCGACCACCUGCACCGCCACAUUAAGCGCCAGAGCUGCCGCAUGGCACGGCCCAGGCGCGGCCGCAAGCCUGCGGCCUGGAGGGCGGCCAGCCUGCUCUUUGGGCCUGGCGGCGCGGGUGCUGAGAAAGCGGCCUUCGUGAUGCCGCCGGCACUGGGUGACGUGGGCGGCCACCUGGGUGGGGCGACCGUGUGCCUCCCGGGCCCCAGCCCCGCCAAGCACUUCCUGGCGGCGCCCAAGGGCGCGCUGAGCCUGCAGGAGCUGGAGCGGCAGUUCGAGGAGACGCAGAUGAAGCUGUUCGGGCGCGCCCAGCUGGAGGCCGAGAGGAACGCGGGGGGCCUGCUGGCCUUCGCGCUGGCCGAGAACGUGGCGGCCGCGCGGCCCUACUUCCCGCUGGCCGACCCCUGGGCCGCGGGCCUGGCGGGCCUCCCGGGGCUCACCAGCCUCAACCACGUGGCCUCCAUGUCUGAAGCCAACAACUAGGCUGGUCCUUGAAAACCCCAGUCCAGCAGCCCUGUCCCUCUCCCACCAGGCCAACCCUGCCCCACCCAAGGGGUCUGAGCUUUUUAUUCAACAUCACAGAGGAAAAAGGACAGAACAGUAGCAGCAGCCGCGAUAUGUUCCAGGCCUGAGGCGGCCGAGCCGCCUUCCUUUUGCUGGUGUCCAAGACGGGCAUCUCCAUGCAAAGGGCCUGGAGUUCAGGGCCUGGCCUCUCCCUGACCUCUCCCUGGUCUCUCUGGCUUUCACACACUCAUACAGGCCCAAGCCCAGAGGAGGCCACAGGCUGGGUGCCCAAGAGCACUUUGGCAUGUGUGGAAGCUAGCUGGAGGGAUGUGGCUUGGCCCAAGCAGACCAGAUGAAGCAGGGAUGAGGGCAAGGGCCUGGGGGCACACACCCUGGUUGAGCCCCACCACCCUGUGGCAGAGUCCCUACAGACACUGCUCUGAUGGGUCAUUUUUCCUAUCUCCAAUGGUCCUGGGAUCCUUAUGGGAAAUGCCCUACUGGCAGGGAGGCCUCCUGGAGUCCAGAGCAAAGGUUUGGAGUCCAGGCCCACUUUCCCUUCACUGUCCUGUGACGUUGGACAGGUCAGCCAUCUGUACCCUGGUUUCACCCUGCUAUGAAGUGGGGCUGGUGAUUUAGUUUCCCCUCUUCCACCCUCCCAUGCAUACAUACGUACACACCUGUCCCUCCAAAGAGAAUUGCUGAGAAUGUAGGAGCUUUGCAUUCCUAAAGUCCCUGGAGAAACCGUCUAUUUUACUGGAUUUAGUUUUAGCACAUCCACCUUUACUUUAGCCCAGGUGAGAAAUGUGGUCAAACUAAACAGGGGUGACAGAGAGUUGGGGUGAGGCUUAUCCACAGACCCCAGGCAGCUCUAGAGAACUCCAAAUACCACCCUCCUUCCUAGGCAGGCCGCUGGGGCUGAGGGAUGACUAGUUAGCAUUUACCCCAAUUCCACAUGCCCCCUCCAAUGCCGUGGGUCUCUUGGGACCUCUGGGGCCAACAAGAAGGGUCGGGGCCGCCUCUUAACACCUGGCAGCUGCCUCCCUCCACUCUGAUUCCUGGAAACAGACCUGACGUUUGCUUUUCGAGCUACGGGUUUCUCAGGGCUUUGGCACUGCUGGUGAUCACCCCCUGCACUGUGUUUGAACACCGGCAGCCUCUCCCGUGUCCCUCCAGGCGAGAAGCUGGAGUGUUCGGCUCCCGUCAGUGCAGGGAAGCAGAGCCUUGGCUCCAAUGUGGGCUUGAAGGGCUCUGUGAGUUAGGCAUGUCCACACACCCUCCGUGGCCCUUGCGUUUGGAGCAGAUCCUGAGAAGGAAGACAGCUCUGCUGGUCCAGUGCCUUCCUGAUCUUCUCUCCCCCUUCCUGCCUUCCAUCCCUCUUCCUGCUGAGUUUGCUUUGGUCUCAGAAGCCCAGAAGGGAGGGGAGUUCAUGUGCAUGGAUUGCCCACAGCUGGAGUCCCCAGUCCAGGAGCUGUGGGCACAAACGACUUCGGCUCUUCCCAUUGCCUUGGCUUCUCCCUCAGCAAAUACAAGAAACAAAAAGGCCUGAGAAGACCACAGACUCUGUCACUCUCCCAGCUCCGCAGAGGAGACCCCUGACUCCACAUACCACCAGAUGCCGUGCCAGCCCGAGGGAACUGCUUCUGACACCCUCUCGUCUUCAGAUGUCAUUUGCCUUGGCAGCCACCUCUAAGAUUCCUGUCUCCAUUUCUGACACUUGCCUCUAGGACUCCCCAGCCAACAUGCCCAGUUUCCCCCAUCAGCCAAGGGACUGGGGCUGACCCAAACUUUAAAAGAAAGCAAGGAAAAAUGAACAAAUUGGGAUCCGGUGGUGUUGGGGCUUUUGUUUUUAUUUUGUAAAGGUAAUGACUUCUUAUAAACUCAAUUUUUCAGAUGACUGGUUAGUUCUUUUUGUGUUCUCUUGGCUGCAGCUUGGAGCUGUACACUGUAAAAUGCCCAGAGAUGCCGAGUCCUGUGUGAUCGAGAAGAACAUGAAGCGAUUGGGUUGGGGGAUAGGGGUGGUUGUUUGGUUGACAUUUUUUUUUUCUGGAUGUUUCGAUUUCCCUGUCUGUCUGUGGGAGAACUUUGGAAUUUUUUCUAUUUAUAACUUUUUUUUUAUGUGAUUGCUUUAUGUAAAAUGACACAACAAAGUUUGCCUUAGUGAUUCAAGGGACAAUCUUCCAUAACUUUGGUCGCACGCCGCAUCCCGCUGAGAAAAACUCUCAGCUAAUUUUCUGGCCUAUUUAUUAAACAGUAUCAACUGACUUGAUUAAA